AUGUUAAAGGAAGUUCAAAUAGUUACUGCAGAAGGUGAAGAAGUGGAAGAGGUUACAAUAGAAAAUCCUACUACUGUAAAUGAAGUUGCUGAAGAGUCCGUUCCAGAAAAGGAGGAUCUUCCACAUAAUAACGGAAAAAUAAAGGACGAAGACGAAAAUGACGAGGAAGAAGAGGAAGGUGAAGGUGAAGCUACAGUAGGAGAAAAAACAGUUGAAUCCAAAAUAAUUCAGCAAACAGAACCGCCUUCAAUUCCUGUCAGUAAAUUUUUUCCAGAUGCCAAAUAUCCUGAAGGAGAAAUAUGUGAAUACAAAAAUGAGAUGACAAACGAAGAAAAGCGUUACCUUGACAGGAUGCGUUACGAUGAUUAUAAUGACCUUCGUCGUGCAGCUGAAGUACACAGACAGGUACGGAAAUAUGCACAAAAAGCUAUAAAGCCUGGUAUGACGAUGAUCGAAAUAUGUGAAAUGAUUGAAAAUGGCACACGUACAUUGGUAGAAGAAAAUGGUCUAGAAGCUGGAAUCGGUUUCCCAACUGGUUGUUCCUUAAACAAUUGUGCGGCUCAUUACACACCGAACUCUGGCGACCCAACAGUCCUUCAAUAUGAUGAUGUAUGCAAAAUUGAUUUUGGAACCCACGUCAAUGGUCGUAUCGUUGAUUGUGCAUUCACACUUACUUUUAACCCUGUUUAUGACCCCCUCAAAGCAGCAGUUAAAGAUGCUACUAAUACUGGUGUUCGGGAAGCAGGUAUUGAUGUGAGACUAAAUGAUAUCGGCGCUGCUAUUCAAGAAGUUAUGGAGAGUUACGAGGUCGAAAUUAAUCAAAAAACAUAUCAAGCUCUCAAAACAUUUAUAAAUAUUUAUGAAGUAAAACCGAUUCGUAAUUUGAACGGACAUUCGAUACUUCCGUACCAAAUUCACGCCGGGAAAUCUGUACCAAUUGUCAAAGGCAGUGCAACAGGAAUAAAAAUGGAGGCAAGUACUAAAAGUUUACGUGGUUUAAGUUUUAUUAAGGCUAAGGAAGGUGAAUAUUUUGCUAUUGAAACCUUUGGAAGUACGGGGAAGGGUUACGUUCGUGAAGAUGGUGAAUGUAGCCAUUAUGCAAAACGUCAUGAUGUCGAUCAAGUUACGUUACGUAUAAAGAAAGCCAAAUCUCUUUUAAACAGCAUUACCAAACAUUUUGGCACAUUGCCAUUUUGCCGUCGAUAUCUUGACCGUGUAGGAGAAACUAAAUAUGCGUUAGCGUUAAAACAUUUAGUUGAUUCUAAUGUAGUAGAGUCUUAUCCACCAUUAGUUGAUAUAAAAGGUUCAUACACGGCACAAUUUGAACACACUAUAAUUCUAAGGCCGACCUGCAAAGAAGUCGUUAGUAGAGGCGAUGAUUAUUAG